CUGGUUGUCAUUGCCGCCGCCCAAUAGAGUCCUGCGAUCCCGCGAGCGAGUACAGGACGACCUCCCUACCCAGAGCCCGGAGCGCGAGCUUCAGUGACCCCAAAUUCAUAUUGGAUGCUCUAACAACGUUAUACGAAGGCUGAACUUAAUAGUGAGAGUCGGGGGGAGACAGGGACGCAAUUUUGGAUCUAUACCGCUCGUGCUCCGUCUCAGUCUUACCAUGGGGUGCACGUUAAGUGCAGAGGAGCGCGAGGCUCUGGAUCGGAGUAAAGCGAUCGAGAAAAACCUGAAAGAAGAUGGAAUUCAUGCCGCCAAAGUAGUUAAACUACUACUGCUGGGCGGCGGAGAGUCUGGGAAGAGCACUAUUGUCAAACAGAUGAAGAUUAUCCAUGAAGAUGGUUUCAGCGGAGAUGAUGUCAAGCAGUUUAAACCUGUCAUCUACAGCAACACUCUUCAAAGUCUGGCUGCCAUUUUGCAUGCUAUGGAGACCCUCGGUAUUGAGUAUGCAGAUAAGGACAGGGCUGCUGAUGCAAAGCUCGUCUUUGACAUCGUUAACCGGAUGGAGGACACUGAGCCAUACUCUCCAGAGCUGCUGAUGGCUAUGAUACGCCUGUGGAAAGACGGAGGAACUCAGGCCUGUUUUGGCCGCUCGCGGGAAUACCAGCUGAACGACUCGGCUCAGUACUACCUGGACAGUUUGGAACGAAUCGGAGCAUCAGACUUUUUGCCCACUGAGCAGGACAUUCUGAGAUCACGAGUUAAAACCACUGGCAUCGUGGAGACACAUUUCACUUUCAAAAAUCUCAACUUCAGGCUCUUUGAUGUAGGGGGACAAAGAUCUGAGAGGAAAAAAUGGAUCCACUGUUUUGAGGAUGUGACUGCUAUUAUCUUUUGUGUAGCUAUGAGUGGGUAUGACCAAGUGCUGCAUGAGGAUGAAACAACGAAUCGCAUGCAUGAGUCUCUCAUGCUCUUUGACUCCAUCUGUAAUAAUAAGUUCUUCGUUGACACCUCUAUCAUCCUCUUCCUAAACAAGAAGGAUCUUUUUGGAGAGAAGAUCAAGAAGUCUCCACUGACGAUUUGCUUCCCAGAAUAUGCAGGCCCAAACACAUAUGGAGAAGCUUCUGCAUAUAUACAGGUGCAGUUUGAAGGCAAGAAUCGCUCUCCAAACAAAGAGAUCUACUGCCACCAGACGUGUGCUACUGACACAGGGAACAUCCAGGUGGUCUUCGAUGCUGUCACUGACAUCAUCAUCGCCAAUAAUCUGCGUGGGUGUGGCCUGUACUAAACCCCUGCUCCAUUAGGCUCUGAUUGGUUGAUUUUUUUGUCCCUCGUUAUGAUAACGAGAGAGUGAACUGAAAUGCCACCCCUUUAUCACAGCACUCCCAUUCUUCACUUCCUGUUUUUUGUCUUUUGUUCAGAUUACCUUUUUGAUAUAUUGAUUUUGUGGUUUGUAUGUUAAUGUUUAUAUUAUUGGCUGAGAGAAACAUGGGUAUGUGUGCGAAUGUGAAGGGUUAAUACUAAGAGCUUGUGCAUAGACUGGGGUAAACAUGGAUGCAUGUGUGUGAAGUCACUAUGGAUCAGAGAGGGUUUUUUUUUUUUGGUUGUCUAUACAGAGCAGAAAAGAAGUGCUGGUGUAGAAAAGUAUGACCUUCCCAUAAAAGAAUCAGAGGGUUAGGGUUAAAGAAUCAGGGGGUUAGGGUUAAAGAAUCAGGGGGUUAGGGUUAAAAAGUAAGAGGGGUAGGGUAAAAGAAUCAGAGGAGCCCACGGAUCAAUUUCUCUUUCAUUUUAUUUGAUUAUUUAAUAUGUGUGAAAUACUGAAUGACUAAAAAUUAGACAUUGUCAUUGUCAUUCUCACUGCUUGUUAAUCUGGCUGAUCUGAAUGAAUGAAUGUCAAGACUGAAUGCUGUUCAGUGGGAGCUCUCAUGCCAAAAUAAACUGAGCAGUGUUUGGGUCUUAGCAGUGUUUGGGUCUGAACAGUGUUUGGGUCUGAAUACUGCCUAGAUUUAUCCAAUGGCUUCAAACUGUAAAAGGAAAUAUAUGUCAAUCACUGAACCUUUUCAAGCAGUGUGAUGUCAACAGCACAGCAUUCUCUCUUCCUGAGCACAAGUACUUAAAAUUUAUUUGUUCAGUUGUUUGUAAAUUAUUCAUUUAUUUAUUUGUUCAAUAAUUUAUAUGCAAGGUAAUGGGUGUGUUUACAUUUUGUAUCUCCUACACAUCAAAUAUAUCAAUAAUGUCAGGUUAUGCAUACACAACAGAUCACUUGUGUAUUGUAUACAACAGUACACUAAGAGCUAUAUAACAACCUUUAGAUAAAAAUUAAACUAUCACAUAAAAAUGCAAACCUUAAAAUAUAUUUGACUAAAUUAUGAAUAAAUAGGGAAUUGUUUGUGUUUAUUAAUUUAUUCUUCUGUAUGCUUGUGUGCAUGUGUAUGUGUGUGGGCAUGUAUACAAUCUGUCAUUUGACCUGUGACCUGUUACUUAACCCAGAUUGCUUUUCAUCUACUUCCUCCUCUUUUUUCAGAUGUGAAUGGUGUUUUUAUUUGUGUGUGUGCGGGUGUGCAUGUGUAUUACAUUCCCUUUCUGUCCCUUGGGGUGUUCUACAUUCUACUACAGGUUUUAUCUCUCAAACUGAUGAAAUGUUUACAUUAAAAUCACAGUUUAGCACCACCUCCACUAAGUAGUUUGUCUUAUCAUUUAACAAGCAUUUAACUGUUUAUUUUACCUCUGCAUGAACAAUUGUAAAGAAAAAAUAUAUAUCCAAAUAUUUUUGUGAUGUACACAUUCUUUAUUUGUGAUGUACAUGUUCUUGAGGGAAGAAUUUGCUAAUUAAAUAAAAAUACAAAAAAUAUCGAAUAAAAAAUAAAAUUGGCUUCCAGCUGUUAAACGUAGGCUGUUAUUAUAUAAUAGAAAUAAAAGACAGAAAUAAAAGUCUUGUGCAUGUG